AUGUCUAAUAAACCCGUUGCUAUUGAAGACGUUACUGGAGGUAGCGUAAAUGCGACGCAUCUCUGUGUAUUAGUACACGGCCUUUGGGGAAACCCUUCUCAUUUGCGCAAUGUUGCAAAAGCCCUUCGCGAUAAAUACUCCGAAGACGAAUUAUACAUCUUGCUUGCGAAACAGAACAGCGGCAGUAACACUUAUGAUGGUAUCGAGACCGGUGGCGAGCGCGUUUGUGCAGAGAUUGAGCAGGAGUUGAAGACAAUCGAAAGAAAGGGAGGGAAGAUCACAAAAUUGAGCAUUGCAGGAUACUCUCUUGGAGGUCUAGUAUCGCGAUACGCAGUUGGUCUACUUUAUGCGAAGGGAGUCCUCGAUGAUCUUGAAUGCAUGAACUUUACUACAUUCGCAUCCCCCCAUCUGGGUGUAAGGACACCACUUAAGGGCUGGCUCAGCAACAUCUACAACACCCUCGGCGCCAGAACGCUCUCCAAGUCCGGACGACAACUCUUUACGAUUGAUAGCUUUCGCGACACCAACCGACCUCUUCUCGCAGUGCUGGCCGAUCCCGAUUCCAUUUUCAUGUCCGGUCUAAAGAAAUUCAACCGCCGCACUUUGUAUGCGAAUAUUGCCAACGAUAGAAGCGUUGUGCAUUACACAUCCGCUAUCACCAAAACCGACCCCUACUCGGAUCUCGAAAAUGUCAAACUCAACUACCUCAAGGGAUACGACGGUGUUAUUCUCGAUCCUGGCCACCCUGUAUCACCAUCUCCCAAGGUCAAAGCUCCAGAUUCGCUAUCGGCAGAUUUUGAAUCCGCUAAGAAAUGGAUAAAGAACAUCCCCUGGAUGCUAACAAUUGGUGUUAUCAUCCCAAUCGGCGUUGUUGUCUUCCUAGCCAACUCCGUCGUCCAGACAUUCCGCAGUGCUAAGCGCAUCAAGCUGCACGAAUCCGGAUUGGCUGGUUUGAAGAUCGAAGACUACCGCAUGCCCCUGCGGAUCAAGGCGAUCCAGGAGGAGGUAGAGCAAGCCUACGAGGUUCUCAACAGCGCUCAGGACCAACAAUAUCUGGCAUCGGACUCAGACGAGGAUCUGGCUUACGACACCGAAGAUCGUAACCUGCUCAAGAGAGAGCGCAGAAUGUCAACACCAGGACAACCUACGCUUGCCUUGACCCCCGACCAGUUCGAGAUGAUACAGAACAUGGACGCAGCUGGUUGGCGCAAGUUUCCUGUGCAUAUCCAGAAGCACCGACAUAGCCAUGCAGCUAUCGUCGUGCGCAUGGACAAGGAAUCUUUCGCUGACGGCUGGGUGGUUCUGGGUCACUGGGCUGAAAGUGAAUUCUUGAUUUAA